AUGUCCCAGUCCACCCCGCCUGAUGGAACCACAUUCGAGAACCUCUGGAGCUCUUUGGAGCCCGACAGCACCUACUUUGACCUUCCACAAUCGAGCAGGGAGAACAACGAGGUGGUGGACGGUGCAGAGGCCAGCAUGGACGUCUUCCACCUGCAGGGCAUGACCAUGUCUGUCAUGUCCCAGUUUAAUCUGCUGAGCAGCACCAUGGACCAGAUGAACAGUCGCACUACCCCCGCCAGCCCCUACACCCCAGAGCACGCCGCCAGCGUGCCCACCCACUCUCCCUACACACAGCCCAGCUCCACCUUCGACACCAUGUCGCCUGCUCCUGUCAUCCCCUCCAACACCGACUAUCCCGGCCCUCACCACUUCGAAGUUACCUUCCAGCAGUCCAGCACAGCCAAGUCUGCCACCUGGACGUACUCCCCGCUGCUGAAGAAGCUAUACUGCCAGAUCGCCAAGACGUGCCCCAUCCAAAUGAAGGUAUCCAGCCCCCCACCCCCCGGCACUGCCGUCCGCGCCAUGCCUGUCUACAAGAAGGCGGAACACGUGACCGAGGUCGUCAAGCGCUGCCCCAACCACGAGCUGGGGCGGGACUUUAACGAAGGACAGUCUGCCCCAGCCAGCCACCUCAUCCGUGUGGAGGGCAACAACCUCUCACAGUACGUGGACGACCCCGUCACCGGCAGGCAGAGUGUCAUGGUACCUUAUGAGCCCCCACAGGUGGGGACAGAAUUCACCACCAUCCUGUACAACUUCAUGUGCAACAGCAGCUGUGUUGGGGGCAUGAACCGGCGGCCCAUCCUCAUCAUCAUCACCCUGGAAACCCGAGAUGGACAGGUGCUGGGCCGUCGGUCCUUUGAAGGUCGCAUCUGUGCCUGCCCUGGCCGAGACCGCAAAGCUGAUGAAGACCACUUCCGCGAGCAGCAGGCCCUGAAUGAGAGCGCCGCCAAGAGUGGGGUGGCCAGCAAGCGCACGUUCAAGCAGAGCCCUCCAGCCAUCCCGUCUCUGGGGGCCAAUGUGAAGAAGAGGCGGCAUGGGGAUGAGGACAUGUACUACAUGCCCGUGCGGGGCCGGGAGAACUUUGAGAUCCUGAUGAAGAUCAAGGAGGGUCUCGAGCUGACAGAGCUGGUGCCCCAGCAGCUGGUGGAUUCGUACCGGCAGCAGCAGCAGCAGCUCCUGCAGAGGCCGAACCCGCUGCAGACCCCUGCCUAUGGGCCCAUCCUGUCUCCCAUGGGCAAGGGACAUGGUAGCGCCAGCAAGCUACCCUCCGUCAACCAGCUGGUGGGCCAGCCUCCCCCGCAUGGCUCAGUGGCUGGGCCCAGCCUGGGGCCUGUGGGCCCCGGGAUGCUCAACAGCCAUGGCCACUCGAUGCCGUCCAACGGUGAGAUGAAUGGCGGACACAGCUCGCAGCCCAUGGUUUCGGGGUCCCACUGCACCCCGCCUCCCCCCUAUCACGCCGACUCCAGUCUCGUCAGUUUUCUAACAGGCUUGGGGUGUCCCAACUGCAUCGAGUAUUUCACCUCACAGGGGUUACUGAACCUUUACCACCUGCAGAACCUCACCAUCGAGGACCUCGGGGCUCUGAAGAUCCCGGACCAGUACCGGAUGACCAUUUGGCGGGGCCUCCAGGACCUCAAGCAAGGCCACGACUAUGGCAGUACGCAGCAGUUGAUCCGGGCCAGCAGCAACGCGGCCGCCACCCUUGCGGUGGGCAGCACAGGUGAGCUGCAACGGCAGCGGGUCAUGGAGGCUGUGCACUUCCGCGUACGCCACACCAUCACCAUCCCCGGGCGCACCGGGCCCGCCGGCCCUGAUGACUGGGCGGACUUCGGCUUCGACCUUCCAGACUGCAAGGCUCGCAGCAGGCACGCCAUAAAGGAGGAGCUCACGGAAGGCGAGAUCCACUGA